UCGUUUCGUUUCGUACGCCGACCGAGGAGGGAGAGGAGCUUGCUUUCCGUUUGUCGCGUGGCUACCUAUUUAGAAAUUGCUUCAAAGAUAAAGUUACCUUAUUUACACGAAAAUAUUCAUUAGGAACACCGCUAGCGAUAUAAUUUAGUAACCUAAGUAUAUCAUGGCGGAUAGUGAUGAUGAGUAUGAUCGUAAACGUAGAGACAAAUUCCGUGGUGAAAGAGGAGCAGCUGAAGGCAGUAGUUACCGAAGUAGCGAUCGCCGCGAAGAAAGGAGCAGAGGACGUGAAGACUGGUCUGAAAGAUCUCGAGGGGGUCGUUCCGGUCCUGAUUACAGAGACUACCGUGGAGGGGGCAGUACAAGUCGUGGUUACUCUCCAGUAAGAGGUGAAGGGCCACCAAGUAAGCGCAUCCGACCUGAUUGGCCGAUUGAGGAUAGAAGAUAUGGGGGAAUGCCACAUGACUCUUACGGCUCAUAUGGUUGGGCACAUGACCACUUCGGACCACAUCCAGCUCAUCAAGGAUAUGGGCAACCCAUGCCUCCUGUGCCUGCCAGGGAUGCUGUGCUUCCCAUGGGCCCAACAGAUGGCCCCACAACUAUGAUGUCAUUCAAGGCAUUCCUGGCUGCACAAGAUGAUUCAAUCACAGUUGAUGACGCCAUUCUCAAAUACAAUGAGUACAAGUUGGAGUUUAGGAGACAACAGCUCAAUGAGUUUUUCGUUGCUCACAAAGAUGAAGAAUGGUUCAAGAUUAAAUACCACCCCGAAGAGUCUGUGAAAAGAAAAGAAGAACAGCUUGCUGCUUUGAAGAAUCGUCUUAACGUGUUCUUGGAGCUCCUAGAACAAGGAGAAUUAGAUAAAGUAACAGUUGACGUAGACAAAUCAGAUAAGCUGAUCCGUUUGCUUGACACAGUGGUCAUCAAACUGGAGGGCGGCACUGACGAUGAUCUAAAAGCACUUGACGAACCACCGCCACAAGAAAACAAUACAACUAAUGAUAAAACUGAUAAAGCAGACAAUGACAAACCUGUUAUCAUUGAUGUUGACGCAGUAAAGGUAAAAGAAGAAAAAGAGGAUGCUGAAAAGAAGGAUAAGGACAAAAAGUCAGAAUCUCCCAAGCCCACUGCUCCGUUGACCAUGGAGAUUGACCCCCACUUACGCCAAUUGCAGGAACAAGCUAAAAUGUUCUCGCGGUACAAUUCUGUGCCGGGCGUUGACCCCGAGCCCGAGCCUGUGGAGAAAGAGCCUCCGCCACCUGGUUCAUCAUCGAGCUCUUCAUCGUCCAGUUCAUCUUCAUCAAGUUCUGAAGAUGAGGGCGAAUCCAACACUCGCCGGAAAUCUAAAUCCAAGUCCAAAACUCCUGACAAGUCGCCUAAACAGAAGGAGAAAUCCAAAUCUCCUACUGUUGAGAAAAUUGAAACAGUAGAAAUAAACGACGAAGAUAAGGAGAAAGAGAAGAAUGGUGACGACAAAUCCGAGACUGCGGUAGAAGCGCCAGUGGAAAAGAAAGAGACGAGAGCUCUGCAUAAAACCACUUCUAUUUUCUUGAGGAAUUUAGCCCCAACAAUUACCAAAGCAGAAGUUGAAGCUAUGUGCAAACGAUACGGCGGUUUCCUUCGCGUGGCGUUAGCCGACCCGCUGCCCGAGCGCCGCUGGUUCCGCCGCGGAUGGGUCACCUUCCGCAGGGAGGUCAACAUCAAGGAUAUUUGCUGGAACCUUAACAACAUUCGGCUGCGAGAGUGCGAACUAGGCGCCAUCGUGAACCGCGACCUGCAGCGCCGCAUCCGGCCCGUGUCCGGCGUCACGCUGGAGCGCGCCGUGCUGCGCGCCGACGCCCGGCUGGCCGCCCGCCUCGCGCACCUGCUCGACUCCAGGACCAAACUGUGGGACGCCGUUACCGGGGCGGAUGCCGCCGCUGCUGCCGAUAGAGACGCUCAGCAAUCUGGUGAAUUCCAGAACUUCAGCCUUAACUCUAAAAACCCAGUGCUCCACAAAAUAACCGAGCACUUGAUUGAGGAAGCGUCCACAGAAGAAGAAGAAUUAUUGGGUUUAGAAGCAUCAUCAGAAUCUUCGUCUCAGGAACAGCCGGACCCCGAGCUGAUGCGGGUGUUGGAUCGGCUGGUGUUGUACUUGCGCAUAGUGCACUCAGUGGACUAUUAUAACCACUGCGAGUAUCCGUAUGAGGACGAGAUGCCAAAUCGAUGUGGUAUUAUGCACGCUCGAUCGGGACCGCCAGCUAAUAAGCCAACCCAACAAGAAAUUCAGGACUAUAUAAAGACUUUUGAAGGAAAAAUGUCAGCUUUCCUUCAAGACGUUAAACCACUAACAGACGAGGAGUUGCAAAAGCUUGGCAUCAAGGAUUCCGAGGCAGAGGUGGAGAAAUUCAUCCAAGCAAACUCUCAGGAAUUGUCAAAAGACAAAUGGCUGUGUCCACUAAGUGGCAAAAAGUUUAAAGGUCCUGAUUUUAUAAGGAAGCACAUAUUCAACAAACAUGCAGAGAAGGUGGAGGAAGUGCGGCGCGAGGUGGCGUACUUCAACGCGUACGUGCGCGACGUGCGGCGCCCGCAGCAGCCCGAGCCGCCCGCGCGCGCCGCGCCGCCGCACCCGCACCACGCGCCGCCGCAGCCCGGCUACGGGUCAGUGGGCGGCGCAGCCCCGGGCGGCGGGCGCUGGGGCUGGCCGGCGUGGGCGCCGCCGCAGCCCUACGCGCCUCGCCAUCCCAGAUUCUCUAGGCCCAGGGAGAAUGUGGAUCGGUCGCGGCCUAUUAUAGCAUACAACGAUCUUGACUUCCCGGACAGUGGUGAUAUAUUCUAAGUUAAACAUAAAUAUCAUGACAAUAUUGGUACAUUAAUUUUGUAUUUUAUAAUUUUAUAACAUUCCGAUAUUACCACUUAUUGAAACAGCAUAUUUUGUAUUAAUUUUCUGCCAAUUUAACAAAUAUUGUUUCCCAGAAAUUGCUAAUAGUAUUAAUUAUGUUUCAUGAUUUCUUGAUUCAGUAUUUUUUUCGAUGUAUUUUUAAUAUUGUAAUGGAUUUUUUAAUUAAUACAUUGUACAAGAUUAUGAUAUAGUUUUAUUUUGUCAAGACGCAUAAUGUAAUAAUUACUAAGUAAACAAAAAAUAAUAAUAUUAUAUUAAGAUUUAAAUCCUUCUAUAUGAUAGGUCAGGAGAAAAACCCUCGUAUUCCCCAAAGAUUGAAAUGAAUAAUACAUUCAGAAAGACCUAUUUUCAGAACCAUUUUUUUCCGGAAAAGUGUACCAUUUAUCUCUUUUGUAGAGAUUUUUUUUUUUAAUUCUAUCAUAAAAAAAUGUUAUUGUGGUUAAUAAAUAUAAAAACAUACACAUUUCUAUUUUGCAAAAUUGCAAAAUUAAAAGUUUAGUCCUCUUACAUGAUUGUUAAAUCUUUUAACUUUGUUAUUGACUGACCAUUUUAAAUGAAAUUGAAUACGAUUUUUUUCUCCGACCUAUUAGUUUUUUGAUAUUCAGCUCAAAACUCGUACCUAUAUAUUAUAUUUAUGUUAUAAAUGAAUGUUUAUAAUAAAUAGUCAUAAAUCAAAAUUACUCUUAUGUCUUUAUUUCUUCCUUUGUGUUAAAUAAUUCCCGGGAAGCUGAGAUUAAUUUGUAGUGCCCUUUUUAUUAAGUGUGGUUAAAAAAUUGUUUACGCGUAUUUUUGAGGAAGCGGCACUUAAAAUUACUUAACUCUGCCCCUCCAGUCGCCCCACUUGUUGAGUAAAUUAGACACAAAUUCUCAGCAAAUUUUGUGGAAAUGUUUCUACUAAAAAUUAUUAUAGUUUUGACACUUGUGGCGUGACUGGUGGCACAAAUUAGAAAAAUCUGGCACUUAGAUUAA